GAGAGAGAGAGAGAGAGAGAGAUGAAAAGGGGUUUGGCAGAGAAACUGAGAGAAUUUUCAAAGCUCCUUUUCUUCCACCAUCACUCAACGAGCCUCUAAGAAAAACUAUAAUUUCCAAAGAUCCGUCUUCCCGUCUGAGAGAAGAGAGAGAUACUUCGCCUCACAUUCACAAUUUUAUUUCUGUCUUUCUCUGUCGGUACCAUGCGACCUGAUGAAGGAAACCCACUAGACCUCAACAACUUGCCCGAGGAUCAUUACGGCAGAGAUGGCCAACAAGUUGCCGACGUCAGCUCCUCCGUUGCAGGCAGCUACAGAAAAAAGAAAAACGGCGCAAAAGAUGGAAAGGACGAGAGUGGGAAGGUCUACGAGUGUAGGUUUUGCUCCCUCAAGUUCUGCAAAUCCCAGGCCCUCGGGGGACACAUGAACCGCCACCGUCAAGAAAGGGAGACAGAACAACUAAACAGGGCUCGUCGGUUGGUUUUCAAUAACGAUAACCUAGCCGCCCCUCCUCCUCACCUAGGAUGCUGCCAUCCGAUUCCACCAGGAGUAUCAUCAUACGGCUGCUGCAGGUAACAACAUUGGUGGUGCUGAUCCAACAUUACCUCUCAGAUUUCCACCAAGAAUGUUUUCUGCCUCUUCAUCAAACACCCUUAUACCACCGCCAUUGCCACCGCAGCUAGGUGUACAAGUACAACCCCCUCAACCCUACUUAUAUCCGUCUCCGUCACGGCCCAUGCCCUUCCCUACUUCUUCGCACUACCCUCAUCAUCAAGUCAAUGACUAUUAUGUUGGACAUGUUCUUAGCAACAAUACUCGCACUCCUUCAUACGGGCAUCCAAAUGUGAACUACGGAGUGGCACCGGCGGAGUCCACCAACUACACUUGCAUUGGAGCGCCUGUGGGACCAGGAAGAGGUGGAGGUGGAGGUGGUUGUAGUGGUCGUGGUCGUGGUAGAGACGAAUCGCUGCACGUGAAUCAGGAAGAAGCAUUGAAUUGGAGCAGGAGCUACGCAGGGACUCCUCCUUCGAUCAAUCGAUUUCAACAUGGCUCCUAAUAUUAAGUAAAACACUUCCUUUUUUUUUUUUUUUUCUUUUUUUGGGUUUUUGUUGAGCGAGUGAUAGUCUGAAGCAUUAUUAUUAGGGUCUCUGCCUUGACACGCCACCCAGAACUGACAGAUAGAAAGAGAGAGACUUAACAAGAAGACAAAUGGGAUCAUGAGAAAGAGGAAGGAGAUGACUGAGCUUUUUUUGGUAUUUUUCUACAAGGGGACUGGGACAGCCUUUGAGCUCAUCGACACCCUCAGCAACUUUGGCUCCGAGUUGAAAUUAAAAUGUUGUUGUAACUAAUGGGAGGAUUUCAACGUAGAAAUCCGAGUGUGUAAUCCACACCAAAAGUCUGAAAAGGGGAACUAGAAAAGGGGAUUGUGGGACAAGUUAGAUUUGAACUGAAAGUUCCAACCCCUUUUUAACGUUUCGUGUUCGUUUUGCAUGCCAAUCAAUUUUCUUUUA